UCUCUGUCUGUCUUGUCGAAAUUGAUAAACCCUAAUUCUGACUGACUCUCUCUCAGUGGCGAUACUAUAUCGAGAAAGAUGACGAAUCCUAACAAUAACAAGCUACAAGGACAAUCACUGCAAGCAUUCACCGAAGGAAUUGGCUUGGUUUUGAGCCGUUGGUCGGCGCUCCGAACCGCCGUUGAAAAUGAGUGGGCUGGCCGUGACACUAACCUCAAAGCUCAAACACUCGCCGCCAAUGUCCUUGCUUGGUUCACUCAAUCCAAAGAAACGCUUUAUAUUGAUGACCUUGAAAACUUACUCUUUCAAGGAGGGGUUUCUGUCAAUAUAGUCAUUGAAGAUGGCAGCGAUGAAGAGGUAGCCGAAGACCUAAUGAUUAUGUAUGGAGAAUGUUUAGAAGGUAAUUUCAGCUCUGUUGAGCGUCUCAGGGAAGCUAGUCGUAAUCCAGCUGCUUAUUCUGGUGUGCAAAAGAUUGUGAAUGGCAAUGGAGACGAAGAUGAUGAUUCUGAUGAAAACAUUGAGGACGAUAAUUCAGCAAACAUGGAUGUGGACAUUCCAAAAUCUGAAUCUAACUUGAAUUCAAUGAACAAGACAGUUAAUGGGUCUCAGCCGGAUAAUCCAGGUGAGGAUAAUUCAGGUGAAGGAGAUGAUGGAUGGUCUGUUGUCUCAAGGAGGAAAAAUAAGGGCAGAAAGAAAUAGAUGAAAUCAUUAUAUUAUUAAUUUUUAAGGAUGUGUAGUCCCCUGUUUUGUUGUUUAAACUAUUUCAAACCUUGAGUUGUGUAAUUGGGUUAUAUGCGGACUUUUUGUUUAUUUAUUUAAAGGAACACAUCCAUCCUAUAAGGUCUAUACUGAAA